AUGAGUGCCUCUGCGCCUGCUUCAUUCGAAGAGGGUAUCAGUGAUUGCGAUACUACCCAAGGAUACAUUAAUAUCUCUUUAGUUUGGCCUAAUUCUUGCUACAAGAAGAACAAGCUUACCACUGAUGUCGACAAGGCAUCUGUCUGGACCGCACGCAAGAAGGUCACGGCCUCGACUGGCGGCAGCAGCACGGAUACUGAGAACACGGACACCAAGACUGCCACUCAAGAUGUUACUUGUCAGGACAAAGCCAGCGAUGGAGUCAAGUACAUCUCUAAAAAAGGCAUGUUCAUGGUUGAAUGUGGCUUCGACCACUAUGGUGGAGACAUGGGAUCUUCUAACAAAGAUACUUUCGCAGCCUGCAUCGAAGACUGUGCCGCAACAGAGGGCUGCAUUGAUGUUAGCUAUGUGUGGGGAACGUGCUACAAAAAGAACACACUCAACGACGGUGGCGCUGCCGGACAUGUCUGGUCGGCCAAGCUGGUCGCAUCUGGAACUGACAGCGCUGGUAACACACCUGACACCAAGACCGAUGAGAAAACUGAUACCAAAACCGAAACCCCUAAAGCCACCCCGAUCACAUGCCCUUCUAGCAACGGCAAGACUCCUUCCAUUUCCUCUGGUGGUACCUAUGAGAUUACCUGCGGUAUUGAUUAUUGGGGCGGCGACUUCAAGUCUCUCGAGACAGCCUCCUUCGACUCGUGUCUUGAAGCCUGCGAGAAGAACGAUGCCUGCCAGGGGGUCUUCUACGUUGCAUCAUCGUGCUAUCUGAAGAAUGAAGUCAACAAGAGCGGUGCUGCAGCACAUGUGUGGGGUGCCAUCGUCAGGAAAGCUGCGAAAGAUGUGUUCACUUUCCCAACCGUAGUCAACAAAGAACUGGAGGCAGGCGCGACCGAGUCCAUAAUGGCCGAAAACAUGACGCUUCCAAGUCCUCCUUUGGCCACACUUGGUCUGAUUUCGCCUCCGGUAUUGACAUGGGCGGUUUGGGUGUCUUGA